GCCCGGGGCAGCUUGCGGCGCGGCUGAGGGGAGACGCGCCCGGGACCGGCUGACGGGCGGGGCCCGCGGAGCUUCCUGCCCCUGGCUCGGCGCCCGGCCCGCGCCCACCAGCCCGGCGGGGCGAUGCCUCUGCGGCCCGCCGCGGCCCCGGGCCGGGCCAGGGGGGAGGGGCGGUGACGCGCCGCGGCCCGCACCGAGACGGGGCCCAUGGCCAGAAUCAGCAUUUCCUGCCUCUGCCCAGCAUCAUGGCAUUUCACUGUGCCCCUGGUGAGCCUGUGUCCCCGUCAGCGACUGGCCCUGCUGGGACUCUUUCUUGGAGUCUGUCUCCUGCUACUCAUGGCAGCCACAGAUCUGCGCAAUUGGGGCUCCUCUCCCCCCCCAGACAAGCAGUUUGAGAGGUACCUGGCACGGGUGGGAGACCUGGAAGCUACAGACACAGAGGACUCAACGCUGAACUACGGGAUUGUUGUUGAUUGUGGGAGCAGCGGCUCCCGGGUCUUUGUGUAUUUCUGGCCACCGCACAAUGGGAACCCUCAUGACCUGUUGGAUGUCAAGCAGAUGAGAGACCGGAGCAGCCAGCCCGUUGUCAAGAAAAUCAAGCCAGGGAUCUCUGUGCUGGCAACAACUCCUGACCAAGCCAGUCACUACAUGCGCCCGCUGCUUAGCUUCGCUGCAGCUCAUGUGCCAGUAACGAAGCACAAGGAGACUCCGCUCUACAUCCUGUGCACGGCGGGCAUGAGGCUGCUGUCUGAGAGACAGCAGGCUGCGAUCCUGGAGGACUUGGUGAGGAAUGUGCCCCUGGAGUUUGAUUUCCUUUUCUCUGAGUCGCAAGCUGAAGUGAUCUCAGGGAAGCAGGAAGGGGUCUAUGCCUGGAUUGGGAUCAACUUUGUCCUGGGGAGAUUCGAUCACGAGGAGGAGGAGGAUGCGAUGAUCACUGUGGCCCUGGGGGGUCAGGCAGAGUCCCUGGUGCGGAAGCGGACGGUGGGGAUCCUGGACAUGGGCGGUGCCUCUCUGCAAAUUGCCUAUGAGGUGCCCAGCGUAGAGACCUUCUCCUCCCCACAGCAGGAGGAGGCUGCCAAGAGCCUGCUGGCGGAGUUCAACCUGGGCUGUGAUGUGCAGCGCACACAGCAUGUGUACCGUGUCUACGUCAGCACCUUCCUGGGCUUUGGGGGCAACUUCGCACGGCAGCGCUACGAGGAGCUUAUGCUGAACCAGACUCGUGCCCACAACAGGCUGCAGGGCCAGCAGACGGGGACAAGUGCCGAGACACCCUUUCUGGAUCCCUGCCUGCCUGUGGGGCUCGAGGACACAGUAGAAAGGGGUGGCCAGACCCUGCAUGUCCGAGGGCGAGGAGACUGGCAGGCCUGUGCACAGCUGCUGCACCCUCUGCUGGCAGGGGUCAAUGGCAGCCAGGCCUCCCUAACCAACACUUACCAGGCGCCCAUUGACUUCAACAACAGUGAGUUCUACGGCUUCUCUGAGUUCUUCUACUGUACCGAGGACGUGCUGCGUCUUGGGGGCCACUACCGUGCACCCAGCUUCACCCGCGCUGCCCAGGAUUACUGCAGCCUGAGCUGGUCAGUGCUGACUCAGCGGUUCCAAGAGGGCCUGUACUCACCACACGCAGACCAGCAUCGGGUCAAGUAUCAGUGCUUUAAAUCUGCCUGGAUGUAUCAAGUCCUUCAUGAGGGUUUCCACUUUCCCCUGGAUUACUCCAGCCUGCACACAGCCCAGCUGGUGUACGACCGCGAGGUGCAGUGGACCCUGGGAGCCAUUCUCUAUAAAACACGGUUUCUGCCACUCAGGGAUCUCCGGCAGGAGAGCAGCCGGCAGGCCCACAGCCCCUGGCUCCGCCUCUCCUUCGUUUACAAUCACUAUCUCUUCUUCGUCUGCAUCCUGGUGGUGCUGCUGGCCAUCAUCCUCUACCUACUGCGGCUGCGCCGCAUUCACAGACGCCAGCUGCGCCCGGCUCCGCUCAACCUGCUGUGGCUGGAAGAGGUGGUGCUGUUGCCAGGCCAGGAACUGGGGCCCUAACGCUGCCACGGCCCAGGAAUCUGUCUGAGCCACAAUUCAGCCUGCUUCCAGCAUCUGAACUGGAACCUAGGCUGGAUGACAAGUGCCCAAAGUCUCCUGUCAGGAGGUCCAUCAUCUCCUCCUCCUAGAGCCAGAACCAGUGUCUGACAGGUCCCGAGCAGCACAGGACAUGGCUCUGGUGCUUGUAUUUCUGACAAACACAAAGGCCUGGAGGGACUUCCUGCUGAGGCAGGAGAGGUGAUACCCACUAAGAGGUGGCAUCAGCAAGGCAGAGCUAGCACUUCCUACUCAUGGAAGUGUAAAGGCAGCACAGUUGUAGCAUUUCCUCUGAUCUGCUAUCUUGCAAACCUAUGGAACUCACUGCAAUAAGAUAUCAGUGAGGCCCACAGUUGGUAGAAUUCAGAGGAUGACUAGACACUUGAAGGACCAACAAGAACAGCUGCUGUUCCCUCUGAAAAGUCAAUCCUAAAGGACUUACAGGUGCCUAAGCCAGCUUCUGCCUGCGAAGGAGCAAGGAGCCCUAGCCCCUAAGUCUCUGUCCUUCUGCCCUGUUGGGGACAGAGGAGCCCCUGCCCCUCCUGUCUUCACAGACAGGCUGCAGCCUUUGCUCACUUUUUCUCUCCAAGGGGACGGGACUGGGACCUGAAACCUUGGCCCUGGCUUUAUGGUCAGGCUGUGCCUGCAGCAGUCGGAGAAUUGGCUGGAGCUGGCCAGCCAGCAUGAUGGGCUUCCUUGGGCACUACCGGCCAAGCUGUCACAUCAACUCCCUGGAGCCAAAGGGCCAGAGUCCCUCACCUCAUCUUAUCAUAGAAUAUCAGGGUUGGAAGGGACCUCAGGAGGUCAUCUAGUCCAACCCCCUGCUCAAAGCAGGACCAAUCCCCAACUAAAUUAUCCCAGCCAGGGCUUUGUCAAGCCUGACCUUAAAAAUAUCUAAGGAAGGAGAUUCCACCACCUCCCUAGGUAACGCAUUCCAGUGUUUCACCACCCUCCUAGUGAAAAAGUUUUUCCUAAUAUCCAACUUAAACCUCCCCCACUGCAACUUGAGACCAUUGCUCCUUGUCAUCUGCUACCACUGAGAACAGUCUAGAGCCAUCCUCUUUAGAACCCCCUUUCAGGUAGUUGAAAGCAGCUAUCAAAUCCCCCCUCAUUCUUCUCUUCUGCAGACUAAACAAUCCCAGCUCCCUCAGCCUCUCCUCAUAAGUCAUGUGUUCCAGCCUUCACAGAAGGAGAGGGGUUUGACCCAGCACAAAGGGCUGAGCAGCAGAGUCUGUUUCCAUUGAUGUGUCCUGUUCCCAAGCAAUGGGGUGCCUUGUGGUCCAUAGGGCAUAAUGCCCCAGUCUGAGCCAUGGGGUCUCUCAGUUUCAGAGAGGGGGCAGCACUUGGAAACUGCAUAAUUCUGUGCUGAAGUGGGUUUCUUCUCCCAGAAGCUGGUUGAAUAAACAUUCUCCCUAUGCCCCCAUCCCAGUCUCAGGGCUUUAAGCCUCUCUCCAGCCCAUCUCUGUUUGGUAAAGAGGUGCAGAGACCCAAUGCUGCAUCCCUGCAGCUCUCACCCUAAGGAGGGGCGCUGGUAUCUCAGAUGGAUUACAUUUGAUGUCUUGUAAGGGCUGAUAAGACACUGGCCACAGCAACAGGACUGGAAGGGCCAAUAGUUUGUUCUCUGGAAGGGGAGGCAGUACUUGUCCGUGGGUGGGCAGGGGCCUUCCUCAUUCCAACCCUAUCCCAUGCUCAUUUGCUGCCAAAUCACUUUCCCUACCAAGGGCAGCAAUCCCUCCCCCAGCCAGUGCUGGCUCAACUUGACUAUGGAACCCCUGCUGUAACCUGCCUCCCCUGGCUCCAGAGGUUAGCUCUGGAAUUCUUCUGGCUGGGACUGCACUGGGUCUCUGCAGGGGUUCUGAGUCUUCCCCCACAGCCAAGUCCAGGCCCUGUAGAGACUCCUUUAUGGUGCAGGUGGUGAGGCGAGGAGCACGUAGGUGCUCGCCUUCCUCUGCCAUGACUAGCAGCUUUUUCCUCCAGCCUAGGGGUCUUCCCCCCAGCCUCUCAGAGCUGCCUCCAGACCUGAAAGCUGCUACUGGUGAGCACGGAGCCUCUGCUACACAACCCCAUCUGUGUGUACAGGUGGUAGAGUUCCCCUUGGUGAGCUGGAGGCUGGUCCUGGCAGAAACCACCAGAAUCUGAGACGUCCUGGACUACAACUGGGUGGAUCCCCAAGCGCUUGGUCAGUGCAUGAGGCUUUCCACCCUUGCAUACUGCAGGGGGUGGGGGAGGCCUUGUUGCCCACCUCUUGGGUUUUCUUCAGGGGAUCCUGUGAGAGGGUGCUCCUUGUCCAUCCCAGGACCUCCGGAUCUUUUCCUUGGGCCCCCCCUCCCCUCAUGCAGCCAGUUCAAUUUCAAACCAUGCCAAGGGAACAACUAUACAUGCUUGUGCUCCACACGUUUCACUUCCACACCCUCGUGUCUUGCCCUAAUAUCAAGUGGUGGGACUGUCUACCUCCUGUAGAGAGGGUGAGGAACCCCGCCCCAGUGGCCCAGCCUCUAUUCCACACUGGUCUCACAGCCCCCCAGGGAUACUGAGACCUCCUGGCCCUGGACAAAGUGGCCAUGUACACCACCAGGAGGAUGCUGGAUGCUCUGUGACUAGGACCUAUUUCUGGUCCUCCCUGGUCUCAUGCAUCCAGGCAGAAUUCCUCUGGCAGCACCCACUGGCUCCCUAGACAGGUUUGAGGGUUCUCUGCUCCGUGUCCCCAUCUAGAACUCCACUCCCAUCCCUGUUAUUCCUUAGUUAUCCCCUGUAUUCCUUUGGAUCCUUGGUCCAGUGGUCCCUCCCAAAAGGCUGAGGGAGGGGCCCUUAGACACAAGUGGUCUUGCACCCACCUGCCUCCUGGAAAUUCCAAUAAGGCCUCCCCUCCUUGAGCUGGGCCAUACAUCCACUGUUUGAACCCACUUGGAUUACUUGAACCCCCCACUCCAGUUACUAGAGCAAUAAACAAUCUAUUGACCACCCA